UAAUUAAAUCAAAUAAUAAUUAUUAUUAUUAUUAAAUAAAGUCGUGUACUCGUAUUGCAUCGUUCAAUAUUAAUUUAUCCUGAAGUUUUGACAGCAUUUUUGUUCUAUGUACUAUUUAUAUUAAUAUGAUAAUUAUGUUAUUUAAACAUUUUACUUACCUAUGACUAAUCUGCUUGCAUAAGUUUUUUCAUAUAUUUAAAAGCGUCUAUUUGUGUGCUAGAUUGAAAGAAAUUACUAAUAGAGGAUUUUUAAAUUUUCUUCAUACUUACAUCUAAAAACAAACAUGAUGUUAUUAAAUUCAUCUGCUAAGCGAUUAUAUUUGUCUCUGUGUAACGUCGCAAAUUAUUCUUCAAGUAAAAAGUACUAUGAUAUUAUUAUAACUGGUGGCGGCAUGGUUGGCUGUGCAAUGGCCUGCAAAUUGGCUAAAGAACCUGCAUUACGUGGUAUGUCUAUCCUCCUAUUAGAAGGAGGUCCAAAUCGUAAUCAAUACGAUUUCAAUGCAAAGAAAAACACAUUUGACAAUUCUUACAGUAAUAGAGUCUCAGCUGUGAACAAAUCAACUAUACAACUUUUACAGUCGGUUGGAGCAUGGCAAAUUAUUAGUGAUUUAGGACUUUGUAAUGCAGUCAAAGAAAUGCGAAUUUGGAAUUCUGGUGGAGGUAGAAGUGGUGGUAUUAAUAACAUGUUAACAUUCAAUAAUGAUGAUGAUUUAGCAUACAUUGUUGAAAAUGAUAUUAUUCUUGGAGCAUUAUAUAAACAAAUUAAUGAAGAGCAAAGUAUUACUGUAAAUUACAAUUCCCGGGUUAAUCAAUGUAAUUUACCAGAUUCUCAUAAAGAUUUAGCUACUGUAAAAGUGGCUAACGGAGAGACUUCCUUUGAAACUAGUCUUUUAAUUGGCUCAGAUGGAUUUGGUUCUAAAGUACGUUCUGCCAUUAAUGGUCAGCAAUAUAUCAGUUGGGAAUAUGGUCAACGUGCAGUUGUGGCAACCUUGCAUAUACAGUCUGAUGAAGAUGAUAUCUAUAAAGGACACGUUGCUUGGCAAAAGUUUGCUCAGUUUGGUCCACUGGCUGUAUUACCCUUGGAUAAUAAAACAUGUUCGCUAGUAUGGACAACAAGUUAUGAAGAAGCAAAUCGCUUAGCGGAGUUGAAUGACAAUGAAUUUAUUGAUGCUUUAAAUGAUGGUUUAUCGGAAGAAAAAGAAUCUAACAAUAGUAGUUUACUAUUAGCAGAUGAUGCUGCUCGUAUAGUGUCUAAAGUACUCAAUAAGUACUGUCAAUUAAAUAAUAAUGAUAAUCAAAACAGAAAAAUAAAAUCUACUCCACCAGUUGUCAUUGGUGUAAUAAAAGAUAGUAGAGCAUCUUUUCCAUUAGGCUUUGGGCAUGCAUGUCAAUAUGUUGGUCAGCGUGUUGCUUUAGUUGGAGAUGCUGCUCACAGAAUACAUCCAUUGGCUGGCCAAGGCGUUAAUUUAGGUUUUAAUGAUGUUAUUGAAUUAAGCGAUCAACUUAAUCAUUCAGUAUUAGCUGGCGCUGAUAUUGGAGAUCUGAAUGCACUUUUAAAUUAUGAAACUGCAGCACAGCGUCAUAAUGUACCUAUCAUGUUAGGUGUUGAUGCCAUUCAAAAAAUUUAUGGUAGCAGUAACAAUUUUGUACCACCUGCUAUUACAACAUUAAUACGUAAUGUGGGACUUUCAUUUUGUCAAUCUGCUUCCAUAAUAAAAAAAUUGUUAAGCGCCAAAGCAUCUGGACUACCUGUAUAGUUACUGUUUCAAUGUAUCCAAAUAAAUUAUUUUAAUUUGAUGUUUGUAUCAUAUUAUGUUAAAAAUUAAAAUUGAUUUAUUUAAUUAAAUUAUAUAAUAGUGCAAUAGUAUCUCAUUACUUUAUAUCAAAAUUGUAUAAAAAUAAAGCUGUUAUUAUUAACUA